UUUUGCUCGCAGAGAUGUCCGGGACGUGUAUGAUCGGAUUAUCACCUACAAUUUGAUUACUUUCACUAUCACUCGGUCUUGAAUUUUGCCGGUCUUGGCUCUUCUCCUUCUCCCACCUUGGUAGUCAAUACCGCAAAAUAAGCGCUUCAUUAGUGUGCCGCAGAAACCCCAAGCAAAGCUGAAAUCAUGUCGAGCGUCUCCUCAGACUCAGAAUCCGACAUUCUAGAUCCUCGUGCGGAUGAAGGGUGGGAAGAUGUCGAACCUGAAGAGGAGAUCAUUUCAGUCAAAAGUUUCUUCGACGACCGCUGGUUUCCCGAUGUAAAGAGCAUGCUGGAGUAUUGCAAACAAGAGCAUGGAUUUGAUUUCUCGGAUGUCCGCAAGCGCCUCGGUUUGGAUUUCUAUGAUACUAUCAAACUCAUCAACUACAUCCGAGAGGGGGCAAAAGUGUCUAAGGAUGUCCCCGAAAUUACUUCACGAGAUCAAUUUGUCGAUGAUAAAUUCCUGCAGCCUGCAUUGGAAGACGAUGCGCUGUUGUUCAGCUUAAGUUUCGAUGAUGGGCCUGAUGAUGCUGAAAACCAGGAGCCAGGGCCGACUGGUACGGAUCAGGAAUUGAAGAAGCAAAUCAAAGAACUGGAAGAAGCUCUGAAUCAGAAGAAUCAGGAAUUCGAGAGCUACCGGGAGGCGGUUUCAAAAUCUCUUGAUAAGCGAUGGGGUGCCAGUGCAGAAACCGAGGAUGCGCCAGUCGUUCCCAAGAUUUCUGCCGCCGAUGUCAAUGAACGCCAAGCGGGACAUGACGACUCCUAUUUCGAGUCUUACGACGACCACAAUAUCCAUCACACCAUGCUGAAAGACGCAAUCCGGACAGACGCAUACCGGGACUUCAUCUACGACAACAAGCACCUCUUCGCUGGAAAGACGGUCCUCGACAUCGGCUGUGGAACAGGAAUCCUGUCCAUGUUCUGUGCCAAAGCAGGCGCAGCACGGGUCAUUGCAGUGGACAACUCAUCUGUCCUCGAACGAGCCAGGGCCAAUGUGGCAGAAAACGGACUGGAGAAGACGAUCACCUGCAUCCGCGGGAAAAUCGAGGAAGUAAAGCUCCCUGUGGAAAAAGUUGACAUCAUUGUUUCUGAGUGGAUGGGCUACUGCUUGUUGUUCGAGGCGAUGCUGGACUCGGUCUUAUGGGCACGAGAUAGAUAUCUCAAAUCUGGUGGGCUAAUGGUUCCAUCCCAUUGCACCCUCCAGAUCGCACCGGCGAUGGAUUCCGACUAUUUCAGGGACAACGUCGACUUCUGGCGCGACGUCUACGGGUUCAAAAUGAGUGCCAUGGGGGAGAAGAUGCACGAUGACGCAUUAGUCUGCCAACUGAAGGAAAAGAACAUUGCAGGAAAGUCAUACCCUUUCCUAGUUUUGCCGUUGCAUGACAUCACCACGAAAGACCUCUCAUUUACUCGCGAGUUCAAUGUGACCCUUGAAAAGAAGGACGCUCAAUUGGACGCCUGGGUGGUUUGGUUCGACACGUUCUUUCUGACUUCUCCCGACGCCACCCUCGAGCCCGAUGCUCGCGCCGAGAACUGGAAAGAUCCUUCACGAGGAACUGCGUUCACAACAGGACCGUUUGGAAAGGAAACGCAUUGGAUGUCGGGGGUAUUUUGGAUCGACCAGACCAAAACGAAGACCAGUGAUCUCAAAACUGGAGAUACUGUCUCCGGAACCAUCACCUAUCGUCAAGGGAAAUCGAACAAAAGGGGAUUGGAGGUUGAUAUUUCCUGGUCCUCGCCGAAGGAACCAAAAGUGUCUGGCACGCAGGCUUGGUUAAUUCGUUAGGAGGUACUACUUAUCCCCGGGCCUAUACGGUUCAAGAAUAGUCAAAUAAGGAAUCUCUCAAAAUUUGGAAGCCCUAUGGUAUUACGUAGAUUGAAGAUAAGAUCCGAAGAGGACUGGUGUUCAUAUAAUCACCGGUUGCGCUCGUAGUUGUGUGCUGUGUAAUACUUCGAGGAGUGUGGUGUACUGGUGUCGGAAGUUUCCCGGGCUGGUACGGGAUCAAUGAUAAUUGAAUGAAAUGUCUAGAGGUCGCUCACUGGGAACUCUAGAUAGCAGAGAGGUAAAAUCUCUACAAUAAUAUCAUAGAAAGACAGACCCGAAGGGGUAGUAGAAGUAGAGAAUACGAUGAAUGGCA